GGGAGAAGAGGAUGGCAUGAGUACCGGAGAAGGCGAGCGUGAAAAGAAGCAUAGGAAAGCAAAGGCGCCACAUGAUGCCUCCGGACCUUUCUCGUCACGCUGGCCAAGAGGACAAUGAUUUGGCCCUCUGUGUUCUUGUGAGAGAUUGUGUGUGACGUGUCUGCUGGCCUGUGUACCAGGGGGGCUAUGAGGAAGACACAAACAGAGCAAAAGCGAAAAGUGGAAGCAUCCAGUACUGACAACCUGACACUCUCCUACCGAAACAAAAUAGUGGACUGAAGAGCUCACGGUCCAAAAACCAGUCUAAUUCAAAAAUCAAAGGUUGCACUUCUCUUGUUCCGAUGCAGAUUGAUGGAGCAGUCAAGAUCACUCAUGUCUUUGAUCGAGUGAUUACUCUCUCUCUUCAAUGCCGAUCUUCUACUAGCACCAACCGAACUCGCAGUUGUACAGUGGCAAUGGCUGUGCAGUUCUUGCUGCAUUCCAUGGCUUUCUUGGCGUGCCUGAGCUUGACAAUGCCAGCGGCGGCGGCGGUGCCGCAGCCGGAGCCGGAGGUGAAGCCGAGCGACACAGACGCGCUCACCAUCUUCCGCCACGGCGCCGACGCCCACGGCAUCCUGGCCGCCAACUGGAGCACGGGCAACGCCUGCGCCGGCCGCUGGACCGGCGUCGGCUGCUCCGCCGACGGCCGCCGCGUCACCUCGCUCUCGCUCCCGUCGCUCGACCUGCGGGGCCCGCUCGACCCGCUCUCCCACCUCGGCGAGCUCCGCGCGCUCGACCUCCGCGGCAACCGCCUCAACGGCACGCUCGACACGCUCCUCCUCGGCGUCCCCAACCUAGUGCUGCUCUACCUCUCCCAUAACGAUCUCUCCGGCGCCAUCCCGGACACCGUCGCGCGGCUAACCCACCUCAUCCGCGUCGACCUCGCCGACAACAGCCUGGGCGGGCCCAUUCCGGCGGCCGCGCUCGCCAACCUCACCGGCCUCCUCACGCUCAAGCUCCAGGACAACCUCCUCAACGGCCUCCUCCCCGACAUCUCCGCCGCGUUCCCCCGCCUCGCCGAGUUCAACGCCUCCAACAACCAGCUCUCUGGCCGGGUGCCCGACGCCAUGCGCGUCAAGUUCGGUCUCGCCUCCUUCUCCGGCAACGCUGGCCUCUGUGGAGCCGCGGCACCUCUGCCCCCAUGUUCUUUCCUGCCGCGCGAGCCCGCUACGACGCCGCCUUCUUCCGUGCCUUCCUCGUCGUCGCAAUCCGUGGUGCCGUCCAACCCGGCGGUGUCCUCGUCAUCUUCCGUUGCUUCGUCUUCACCGGCAUUGGCCACACCAGAGUCGCUCAGUGGGGCUGGCAAGGGGGGCUUGAGCACCGGCGCAAUUGCAGGGAUCGCCGUCGGCAAUGCCCUGUUCUUUUUCGCUCUACUGUCACUGCUAGUAGCGUGUUGCUGCUGCAGCCAAGGCAACGGCCGCGGGCCGGCCAAGAAGAGGAAGAGAGCCGGCCGCGUUGGUCUGGAGGACGGAGACGGCGGCCUGUUCGGCCACAUCAAGGGAGAGCAACCGGCUCGUCAGGGCAGCGCGGGCAGAUGCAGCGACGGCGGCGACAGCGACGGGGCGCGCAGCAAGCUGGUGUUUUUCGGGGUGGACGGGGAGUGCGGCGAAGACGACGACGAAGACGGCGGAGGCAGCGAUAGCAGCGCCGGGAGGAGGGCGAGCGGUGGCUUGACGUCGACGUCGCACCUGCAGGGGAGGAGGAGCAGGUUCCGGCUGGAGGAGCUGCUGCGCGCGUCGGCAGAGAUGGUCGGCAGAGGCAGCCUGGGCACCGUGUACCGCGCGGUGCUCGGGGACGGGCGCAUGGUCGCCGUGAAGCGGCUGCGCGACGCCAACCCCUGCGCGCGCGAGGAGUUCCACCGGUACAUGGACCUCAUCGGCCGCCUCCGCCACCCAAACCUCGUCCCCCUCAGGGCCUUCUACUACGCCAAGCAGGAGAAGCUCCUCAUCCACGACUACUUCCCCAAUGGCAACCUCCACGAUCGUCUCCACGGACACCGGAUGUCGGGAGAGUCGCCAUUGGACUGGACGACCAGGGUGAGGCUGCUGCUUGGCGCGGCACGCGGGCUGGCAUGCAUCCACCGGGAGUACCGCAUGUCCGGCAUACCCCACGGCAACAUCAAGUCCACCAACGUCCUGCUCGACAAGGACGGCGCCGCCCGCGUCGCGGACUUCGGCCUCGCGCUGCUACUCAGCCCCGCGCACGCCAUCGCCCGUCUCGGAGGUUACAUGGCUCCCGAGCAGUCGGACAGCAAGCGGCUCUCCCAGGAGGCCGACGUCUACAGCUUCGGCGUGCUCGUCCUGGAGGCGCUGACCGGCAAGGUGCCGGCGCAGCACCUGCAGCCGUUGCCUGACGCUGACACACAGAGAAGAGACAAGAAGAGCGCGACGGCGGUCAGCCUUCCGGAGUGGGUACGGUCCGUGGUGCGGGAGGAGUGGACGGCGGAGGUGUUCGACGUGGAGCUGCUCCGGUACAGGAACAUCGAGGAGGAGAUGGUGGCAAUGCUGCACGUCGCGCUGGCGUGCGUCGCGCAGCAGCCGGAGCAGAGGCCCUCCAUGGGCGACGUGGUGAGGAUGAUCGAGAGCGUGCCGGUGGAUCAGUCGCCGCUGCCGGAAGAGGACAGGGAUGUGUCAGUGACGUCGCCGUCCAUCGGCAUUACCACAGAUGAUGGAGAUGGUCGUCUCAGCUACUAGUUCAGCGGACCAGUGGUCUCGGUUUGCACUUAUUGGUCGAUGUGCACUUUUCUAAUUUUGUCGAAGUGAUUGUAUUUGUGAUUUCUUUCCUUUUUUCUUUUGAGAAUACAGAAUUGCCCAGUAUUGUGUGUUCGCUGGGUAAAAACCCUAAUGAUGUGGGUUUGCGCUGAA